GAAAAUAUAAAGAUACUAUUUGGUGUGAUGUGGUAGCGAUGGAUGCUUGUCACCUGUUGAUGAUGAUGGACGAACUCAUACUUAUAGUUUUGUGUUUAAGGGAGCUAAAAUUUUGCUACUACUUGGCCGACCAGCGGUGGAGCAAACGAGGCCUACAGGUGAAGUGUUGAUUUUAUUGUCCAUGGCUCAGCUGAAUGAGGAGUUGCAGAAUUCAAAAAGGGGGUUUAUGUUGAUGGGCAAGGAAGUAUUUGAACCUAGCACUAUCCCAGAUUUAGUGGCUCCAUUAAUUUCAUAAUUUGGCAAUAUCUUUCCUAAAGAGGUAUGAGUUACCUUCUCAACGAGAUAUUCAACAUAUUGAUUUAGAGCCAGGGGCAUGUCUACCGCACAGAUUGCAUUACCGGAUGAGUCUGCGUGAGCAUGAAGGAUUGUGACUACAUGUUGAAGAUUUGCUGGUUAAAUGUCAUAUAAGGGAAUGUAUGAGUCCUUAUAUUGUACCUACCCUUUUUGUACCAAAGAAAGAUGGAUCUUGGCAUAUGUGCGUGGAUAGCAGGGCCAUCAAGAAAAUCACUGUCAGUGCUUUCUGAUUCCCUCUUUGGGUGAUUUACUUGAUCAGAUUAGUGGAGCAACUGUGUUCGCCAAGUUGGACUUGAAGAGUGGGUAUUAUCAAAUUCGCAUUAUGCCAGGGGAUGAAUGGAAAACAACUUUUAAAAUUAAGGAGGGGUUGUAUGAGUGAUGUGUGUAUCCAAUGCCCUUAGUACCUUUAUGCGUGUGAUGAAUCAAUUGUUGUGGUCAUUUAUUGGUAGGUUUGUGGUGGUGUAUUUUGAUAAUAUCCUGAUAGAUAGUGCAACUUCAGAAGAACAUCUACAACACAUGAGAGGUUUUUAACAUGUUGCGCAUGGAAAAAUUUUAUGCGAUUAUGAAAGUGUGUUUAUGACUUCCAAGGUGCUGUUUUUUAGGGUAUGUGAUUUCUAGAGCAAGUUUGGAAGUUGACAAAGCUAAGAUACAAGUAGUCUAGAAUUGACUUACACCAAUGACUUUAACAGAAGCAAGACAAAUUGUUUGAAGGGUUACAGAAUUGAGUAGACUGAUGAUGCAGAGUCAACUUUUCGAUUGCUUGAAGAACGACUCACAGCGGCACCGAUCUUAGUCCUUCCAGAUUUUUCACCACCAUUUGAGUUGUGCACAGAUGCUUCCAAAAUUGGUAUUGGCACAGUACUCAGUCAGAGAAGUAGAUUCGUGGCAUUUUCAGUGAAAAACUUUAUGGAGUAAAACUCAAUUACAAUACUUAUGAUAUGGAAUUCUAUGUCGUUGUGCAAGAUGUGAGGUAUUGGUGUCACUAUUUGGUAUCGGUGUCAAGAACGGCUCUUGUUUCUUUUUCUAUUGGUUUAAAAUAUAAAGAUACUAUUUGGUGUGACGUGGUAGCGAUGGAUGCUUGUCACCUGUUGAUGAUGGACGAACUCAUACUUAUAGUUUUGUGUUUGAGGUAGCUAAAAUUUUAGCUACUACUUGGCCGACCAGCGGUGGAGCAAAUGAGGCCUACAGGUGAAGUGUCAAUUUUAUUUUCCAUGGCUCAGUUGAAUGAGAAGUUGCAGAAUUCAAAAAUGGGGUUUAUGUUGAUGGGCAAGGAAGUAUCUGAACCUAGCACUAUCCCAGAUUUAGUGGCUCCAUUAAUUUCAGAAUUUGGUGAUAUCUUUCCUAAAGAGCUACCUGAUGAGUUACCUCCUCAAUGAGUAUUCAGCAUCAUAUUGAUUUGGAGUCAAGGGCAUCUCUACCGCACAGAUCGCACUACUGGAUGAGUAUGCGUGAGCAUGAAGAAUUAUGACUACAGGUUGAAGAUUUGUUGAUUAAAGGUCAUAUAAGGGAAAGUAUGAGUCCUUAUGUUGUACUUACCCUUUUUGUACCAAAGAAAGAUGGAUCUUGGCAUAUGUGCGUGGAUAGUAGGGCCAUCAAUCAAAUCACUGUCAGUGCUUUCCGAUUCCCUCUUUGGAUGACUUGAGCAGAUUAGUGGAGCAACUGUGUUCACCAAGUUGGACUUGAAGCGUGGGUAUUAUCGAAUUCGCAUUAGGCUAGGGGAUAAAUGGAAAACAACUUUUAAAACUAGGGAGGGGUUGUAUGAGUGACUUGUGUAUCCAAUGCCCCUAGUACGUUUAUGCGUGUGAUGAAUCAAUUGUUGCGGUCAUUUAUUGGUAGGUUUGUUGUGGUGUAUUUUGAUAAUAUCCUUAUAUAUAGUGCGACUUCAGAAGAACAUCUACAGCACAUGAGAGGUUUUUAAUGUGUUGCGCAUGGAAAAAUUUUAUGUUGUUAUGAAAGUGUGUUUGUCUUCCAAGAUGCUGUUUUUAGGGUAUGUGAUUUCAGGAGCAGGUUUGAAAGUUGACAAAACUAAGAUACAAGCUAUUUGAGAUUGACUUACACCGAUGACCUUAACAAAAGCAAGACAAAUUGUUUGAAGGGUUGCAGAAUUGAGUAGACUGAUGAUGCAGAGUCAGCUUUUCGAUUGAUUAAAGAACAACUCACAACGACACCGAUCUUAGUCCUUCCAGAUUUUUCACCACCAUUUGAGUUGCACACAUAUGCUUCUAAAAUUGGUAUUGGCGCAUAACUCAGUCAGAACAGUAGACUCAUGACAUUUUUCAGUGAAAAACUUUAUGGAGUAAAACUUAAUUACAAUACUUAUGAUGUGGAAUUCUAUGUCGUUGCGCAAGACAUGAGGUAUUGGUGUCACUAUUUGUUUCACAUAGAAUUUGUGUUUUAUACAGAUCAUGAUUAAUUAAGACACCUACACCAGCAAGACAAGGUGUCACUCCGCUAUGCGAGAUGGGUUGCUUAUUUGGAAUAGUUCACCUAUGUGGUUAAAUAUAAAGCAAGGGUUGUUAAUAGAGUGGCAGAUGCUUUAAGUCGCAGGAGCAACUUUAUAGUUACUAUGUGGGUCGAGGUAGCAGGCGAUUUGAUUAUUAUGCAAAUCAGAAGAGAUAUAUGGAAUCUAAAAGGAAAGUAGUCUCCAAUCUCUCAGAAUACGCUGAGUACCUCAUUCAGAAGUGGAGAGCUGAGGAUGAGGACUCAUUUCAUGAAACACCCUGGUUUAGAAAACACUUCUGGGCCACAGAAGCAAGGAAGAAUGGCUUUCGUGAACCUCAUCAGGGAUCUUAUAGGAAUAAGAGGAAUGGAACAUUUGAUUUUUGUUCAAGUGACGAUGAUGAUGUGGAAACUAUAUUUCGUUCUUCAUUUGGAAGGGCGCGGUUCUCUUAUCGGUCAUUUUAUAGAUCUGAAAAUUUUCAGUGGAGUUAUUCUGGUGAUGAUUCUCAUAAAAGCUCUAGGAAUUGGACAUAUGAAACAGAAGAUGAAAUUGAUGCUUCUUACCAACAAAGUUUUGCGGGUGAAAGGUUGGCUCUUGGAUUAAAAGCAACUGGCCCUCUAAAGUUGGAAGAAGUUAAAACUGCAUACAGAAGUUGUGCUCUAAAAUGGCAUCCAGAUCGACACCAAGGUUCAUCAAAGAUAGCAGCAGAGGAGAAAUUCAAACACUGCACUGCUGCAUACCAGACACUGUGCGAUAAAUUAGCUAUGAACUAAUGUGAGGGCAGAGAUCACGAUAACUAUGGCAGUUCAUCAUGUUUUAUCAUUCAUCAAUUUAGUAAUUCUGGGUGCAAUGGUUCAAAUGUAGGCCAAGUGAUUCGUCGAUUCUGUUGGCAUCAUUUGAUGAAUUAUCAUGGAAUAAUAAAAGUAUUUAUGUCGUAGCUUUAGAGCUGUUUGUCCAGCUCUGUUGUUUCAUUGAUUAGGAAAAGAAGGGAAAUCUUUUCAGUUUUUAAAAGUAGUUGAGCAUUGUAAAGUGUACUUUCAUAUUCAAAUGAAAGGACCCAUUUUGUCUGAA